GAGACUCCUCCACCUGGCUAUCUCAGUGAAGAUGGGGAGACCAGUGAUCACCUGAUGAACCACAGCAUGGACACCAGUUCACCCAACCUGUCACCAAACCCAGUGUCUCCAACACACAGCAAUUUAGACCUACAGCCUGUGAUGUACUGUGAACCAGCCUUCUGGUGUUCCAUCUCCUACUACGAGCUGAACCAGCGGGUGGGCGAGACCUUCCACGCCUCCCAGCCAUCCCUCACCGUGGACGGCUUCACCGACCCCUCCAACUCCGAGCGCUUCUGCCUGGGCCUCCUGUCCAACGUCAACCGUAAUGCCGCUGUGGAGCUGACACGCAGACACAUCGGCAGAGGGGUACGGUUGUACUAUAUUGGAGGAGAGGUGUUUGCAGAGUGCCUCAGCGACAGUGCCAUCUUCGUCCAGAGUCCCAACUGUAACCAGCGUUACGGCUGGCACCCCGCCACGGUCUGCAAGAUCCCCCCAGGCUGCAACCUGAAGAUCUUUAACAACCAGGAGUUUGCUGCCCUGCUGGCCCAGUCGGUGAACCAGGGCUUCGAGGCGGUCUACCAGCUCACCAGGAUGUGCACCAUCCGCAUGAGCUUCGUCAAGGGCUGGGGAGCAGAGUACAGGUAACACACAGUCCACAGCGACACGCUCUCAUUAAGGUUUCAUGUAUUAAACAAGAGUCAACCCCUGUCGGUCGUUGAUACCAUGCUCCUACCUGAUUAGCUGACGAGGUGAUUCAGAUGAGACGGUAUAGGAAUGGUGAAACUGUGGGAUGGCUGAGGGGUGCAAGGUUAAAUAACUAUGUGGGAUGGCUGAGGGGUGCAAGGUUAAAUAACUAUGUGGGAUGGCUGAGGGGUGCAAGGUUAAAUAACUAUGUGGGAUGGCUGAGUGGUGCAAGGUUAAAUAACUAUGUGGGAUGGCUGAGGGGUGCAAGGUUAAAUAACUAUGUGGGAUGGCUGAGGGGUGCACGGUUAAAUAACUAUGUGGGAUGGCUGAGGGGUGCACGGUUAAAUAACUAUGUGGGAUGGCUGAGGGGUGCAAGGUUAAAUAACUAUGUGGGAUGGCUGAGGGGUGCAAGGUUAAAUAACUAUGUGGGAUGGCUGAGGGGUGCAAGGUUAAAUAACUAUGUGGGAUGGCUGAGGGGUGCAAGGUUAAAUAACUAUGUGGGAUGGCUGAGGGG